CAAUCAACGGUACUGGCCUAUUCCAGCACCCACAGGGAUUUACCUCAUUGUGAAAGAGGUUCCUUGUUGAUCUGACUCAUGCACAUCAUGCCACAAACCCAGUGACCCAAGGCACACAACAUGGAGAUCUUCGCAACCAUACCUGGCCGUAGGCCUUACCGGCAGAUCAUCGACGGCGUGCCUAGGUGUCCUUGCCUCGUUCCGGAAACUUUUCGAAAAAGCCUCAAAUUUCGUGCCGCCAAAGACGACGUCGUGCAAGUCAAAUACCCCAAAAGUGGAACCCAUUGGGUUCAGUACAUUACUCAGCUCAUUCUUGGGAAAGCCGGCCCGGCCACUGGAUACAACGAGUUGACCCAGAACUUCCGCGGCAUCGAGUACACCGAUAACGCCGACUGGAAGCCCGCCAUGCCAAUGACACUGUUCUUCACUCACCAGCCACUUCGCCGCGAGGUCAUGAACGCAGCGGCCAAAUACAUCUACGUCGCUCGCAAUCCAUGGGACGUAUGCGUCUCGCUUUUUCGCAUGAUCACGGACGUCCGCCUGUACCAGUUUGAGGACGGCACUUUCGAAGAGUUCUUCGAAGCUUUCAUCGAAGCUGACUUGGGCUACGGGAGCUACUUUGACCACGUGGCAGCUGGUUACGCCUUGAAGGACGAACCCAACGUGUUCUUCUUCACCUACGAAGAACUCAAAGGUGACACCCGAUGCACGGUUCUCAAACUCGCUCAUUUUCUGGGCAACAGUUACGGCAGAGCUUUGGAAGAGGAUGAAAAUAGGCUGCAGAACAUUCUGGAAUGCUCCAGACCCCAACAUAUGAGAAAGACGAUGGUGAUAGACUUCAAGGCCAACGAGGCGCCGCAGUGGGACGAACUGUUUGCCGUCAAGAAGGCCAGCAGCAAGCAAGGGUUCGAAGGAGACAAGCAGAGGUACGCCGUGGUGAAGGAAGCCAGGGUUGGGAGCUGGAAGGAGUACUUCACUCCAGAAUUACUAGCCCGUUUCGAGAAGAAAAUACAGGAACAAGGGCCUAAAGCCUCUUUCAUGGAACUGUGGAAAGGCAUUCGCGAAGAAGCGAUUUUAUUGUCUUGCAGUAGUGUGUAGUAUAUGGCGACAGCGUGCCUGAGGCUAGAAAUUUGAAGGACUCUAUCAACUUCAGCAAGUUGCAGUGAAGUUACACUAACCAGCUCUUUAUUUAUGGUGUGUAUCAGCAGGGAAGACACGCGGCAGGUUAAGCAUUCGCUUUGACCUAUCAGUCCUCAAUUUUGUUGAAUAUUGACAUUUCUUCCUCUAUUUUUUUCUUUAGAUUACUGCCACCCAAGUAAUAUUGGUAAUUAUG